AUGAACAAGAUCCGAAAGUUUUUCCGAGGAAGUGGGCGAGUCUUAGCAUUUAUAUUUGUAGCUUCUGUCAUCUGGCUGCUCUUUGACAUGGCAGCUCUCCGCCUCUCAUUCAGUGAGAUCAACACUCGGAUCUUCAAGGAAGACAUCGUGAGGAGGGAGAAGAUAGGAUUCAGGGUGCAGCCAGACCAAAUGAAGAUCCUUUACAACAGCAUGAAAGAGAUGAAGCCUCCACUGAGGGGACAUGGGAAGAGGACAUGGGGCAAAGAGAACUUUAGAAAGACUGAGGAGAGUGUGCUCAAGGUUGAGGAUGAGUUAGACCAAAACCAGAGGGAAAGAAAAAUGCAGAACGCCCCAGCAAAGGGCAAGGUUGUGCCUUUGUGGCAUCCUGCACAUCUGCAGACCCUCCCCGUGACUCCCACCAAGCAGAAGACAGAAGACAGAGACAUUAAACCUGAAGUCUCUUCUCGCCGGGUGACACCAAGGCAAACACCAGCUCAGGAGGCUCAGAAAACCCCGUUCGUAGCAGCAAGAGGAACUCCAUUGGUCAAAAUAUCAGUACAUACAGGACCUGCCAGUAUAAAACAGCAGGCCCUGAAGAGUCAUAGUCUCAGCAGUGACACAUCAAAACAAGCAGCUGAAAGGGACCAGAAUGUGACAAUCAGUCUUAGUACUGACAGAUCAAAGCAGCAAUCACAGGCAAUAGCAAAUGAAAGGACAUACCCUGCCAACCCACCACUGCCAAAGUCUGGGGAAGCCAUAGCCUUAAAAAAACCUGAGUCUCAGAGCAAAGAACUAAAUGCAAAUGAACACCAAGCCAAUAAGGGUCUUCCUUUUUCCACGUUUAUUGCCUCUUCAAAUCGCUUGAAGAAGCAAUCGAUUAGUGAGACACGGUUAGAAGGCUUGCCAAAGGAUGAUGAAGCUAAAGUGCCUCAUGAGAAGAAAUUCAAUUUCUCUGAAAGCCAUGUGGUGAUUGUAACCAAGGAAGAGCUAAAGACAGACACCCGAGAGGUCCCCAAUUCUAAAACCAAAACUGUAUUUCCUGAAGUAUUGGGUGAAAGUGAAGGUAAACAUAUUUCCAGGCAUGGAAGUAAAACAUCUUUCUCUUCACCUGCUCUGCAGAGAGCAACAGAGUCUCACACCAACCAAGCUUUAGCUGUGGGGCUAAAGCCAGCAAGAAUCAACUUCACUGCCAGGGCCCAGCCUACAGAACGCAACCAAAGUCAUAGAAAAGUCCUUUUACCUGAACACCAUGGAAUGCACCAUGUGUUAAGAAUUGAUGUGACACUUUCUCCAAGGGAUCCCAAAGCCCCAGGUCAGCUUGGACGUCCUAUAGUUGUUCCCCCUGAAAAGGAGAAGGAGGCAAACAGAAGAUGGAAAGAAGGAAACUUCAAUGUCUACCUUAGCGAUUUGAUCCCAGUGGACAGAGCCAUUGAAGACACAAGACCUGCUGGGUGUGCAGAGCAGCUAGUUCACAAUAACCUCCCAACCACCAGUGUCAUCAUGUGCUUUGUGGAUGAAGUGUGGUCCACUCUCCUGAGGUCUGUUCAUAGUGUCCUCAACCGCUCUCCUCCACAUCUCAUCAAGGAGAUUCUGCUGGUGGAUGACUUCAGCACCAAAGACUAUCUAAAAGAUAAUUUGGAUAAAUACAUGUCUCAGUUUCCAAAAGUUCGGAUUCUUCACCUCAAAGAGAGACACGGCUUAAUAAGAGCCAGGCUGGCAGGAGCACAGAACGCAACAGGUGAUGUGUUGACAUUCUUAGAUUCUCACGUGGAAUGUAAUGUUGGUUGGUUGGAACCUCUUCUGGAAAGAGUUUAUUUAAGUAGAAAGAAAGUGGCCUGUCCAGUAAUUGAAGUCAUCAAUGACAAGGAUAUGAGUUACAUGACAGUGGACAACUUUCAAAGAGGAAUCUUUACAUGGCCCAUGAACUUUGGUUGGAGAACAAUUCCUCCAGAUGUCGUUGCAAAAAGCAGAAUUAAAGAAACUGAUAUAAUAAGGUGCCCCGUCAUGGCAGGUGGAUUAUUUUCUAUCGAUAAAAAUUACUUUUUUGAUCUUGGAACUUAUGACCCUGGCCUUGAUGUUUGGGGUGGAGAAAACAUGGAGCUAUCAUUCAAGGUGUGGAUGUGUGGCGGCGAAAUUGAGAUUAUUCCCUGUUCCCGAGUGGGCCACAUAUUCAGAAAUGACAAUCCAUAUUCCUUCCCCAAAGACCGGAUGAAGACAGUGGAGCAGAACUUGGUGCGGGUUGCUGAGGUCUGGCUUGAUGAGUAUAAGGAGCUAUUCUAUGGCCAUGGGGAUCACCUCAUAGACCAAGGGCUAGAUGUCGGCAACCUCACUCAACAAAGGGAACUUCGGAAGCAACUGAAAUGCAAAAGUUUCAAAUGGUACUUGGAGAAUGUCUUUCCCGACUUAAAGGCUCCCAUUGUGAGAGCUAAUGGUGUGCUUAUUAAUGUGGCCUUGGGUAAAUGCGUUUCCAUUGAAAACACCACAGCCAUUCUGGAAGACUGUAAUGGGAGCAGCGAGCUUCAACAAUUUAAUUACACCUGGCUAAGACUUAUUAGACAUGGAGAAUGGUGUUUAGCUCCCAUUCCUGAGAAAGGGGUCCUGAGGCUGCACCCUUGUGAUAACAGAAACAAAGGGCUGAAAUGGCUUCAUAAAUCAACAUCGGUCUUUCGUCCAGAACUGGUGAAUCACAUUGUUUUUGAAAACUAUCAUCAGUUGUUAUGCUUGGAAGGAAACUUUUCCCAGAAGAUCUUGAAAGUAGCUGCUUGUGACCCAAUAAAGCCAUAUCAAAAGUGGAAAUUUGAAAAAUAUUAUGAAGCUUGA